GGCCUGUGGAAACAUGAAGAGGGUAAACAGCUGUGUGAAGAGUGAUGAGCAUGUCUUGGAGGAGCUGGAAACAGAAGGAGAGAGGCAGCUGAAAAGCCUCCUUCAGCAUCAACUUGAUACCUCUGUCUCCAUUGAGGAAUGUGUAUCUAAGAAAGAGAGCUUUGCUCCUGGUACUAUGUAUAAACCCUUUGGGAAGGAAGCAGCUGGAACUAUGACUUUAUCUCAGUUCCAGACACUACACAAGAAGGACCAAGAAACUGCUUCUCUCAGGGAACUAGGGCUCAAUGAAACAGAAAUAUUGAUCUGGAAGAGCCAUGUUUCAGGGGAAAAGAGGACACGACUGAGGGCAACACCUGAAGCAAUACAGAAUCGUCUUCAAGAUAUUGAAGAAAGGAUCUCAGAGCGUCAGCGCAUCCUUUGCCUACCACAGAGAUUUUCAAAAAGCAAACAGCUAACCAGGCGAGAAAUGGAAAUAGAAAAGUCUUUAUUUCAGGGUGCUGACCGUCACUCCUUCCUUAAAGCUCUUUAUUACCAAGGUAAAAUAUCUAGGAGUGGGAUUACUGGGUCAUAUGAUGAACCCCAAAAGAAGAACAAAGGUGAUCCCAUGAACAACCUGGAAAAUUUUUACCAAGAGAUGAUAAUGAAAAAACGCCUUGAAGAGUUCCAACUUAUGAGAGGUGAACCCUUUGCUUCCCACUCACUGGUCUCAGCUACAUCAGUGGGAGAUAGUGGCACAGCUGAGAUCCCGUCAUUACUCCAGGACCAGGGAAAACAGGCAGCACAGGGUAAAGGUCCUAGUCUUCAUGUGGCAAAAGUUAUUGAUAACUCACCUGAGCAGUGUUGGACUGGGCCUAAGAAGCUGACGCAGCCAAUAGAAUUUGUCCCAGAAGAUGAGAUCCAGAGAAAUCGUUUGUCAGAGGAGGAGAUCCGAAAAAUUCCCAUGUUUUCUUCAUAUAAUCCAGGGGAGCCAAACAAGGUGCUAUACCUGAAGAAUCUUAGCCCACGAGUGACUGAAGGAGAUCUGGUCUCAUUGUUCGCUCGGUUCCAGGAGAAAAAAGGACCUCCCAUUCAAUUCCGGAUGAUGACUGGAAGGAUGAGGGGGCAGGCUUUUAUCACCUUCCCUAGUAAGGAGAUUGCAUGGCAAGCAUUGCAUCUAGUCAAUGGAUAUAUACUACAUGGGAAAAUAUUGGUUAUUGAAUUUGGAAAGAACAGAAAACAACGGUCAGAUUUCCAGUCUGCUUCUUUUAUAUCAUCUGUUACAAGUAACACAGAAAUCAGUGGUAGCUAGAGAACAGAUAUGAGUGCUGAGAAAUCUUUCUUGUGACAGAAUCUCAGACCUACAAUUAAAGUAUUGAUAGCUGUGUAUUUGGAAUGAAGAGAACAAAUUAAUCCAGAGAAAAAUGUAAUUAUUAUAAUGCCAUUAAGCUUUUGAAAUUAAUUGGUAGAAAGCAUUUUCCAUAAUCAAAGGGUAUAUAGAACAGAUAAUAUGCUGAGUAUGAAAUUUAAGGUACUUAGCAUAACAUUUUCUUGCUAUAAAAUAUGAAGUAUAUUUUCCAGUGAAUUUUUUUUAGACUUUUUACGGGGUCUUAAAUAUUUUUACCCUAGAGAUACAGUUUUUCCAAGACUCUCCACUCUUCACAUAAUUGAGACACCAAUUAAAUGUUACUGUUUCUUCAUUUGAGCCCAUUUAUCCUUAAUUUUUAUUCACUUAGCAAAUAAAAGACUAGGACCCCAGGCCUAAACAUCAACAGAUAAUGUUUAAUGAAAAUCAACAGUGAUGACAUAGUUUCAUAAGUCAUUCCACAUAUUUAAUGAAUGUUUCCCCAUAAUAAGUAUCUCUCAAAAAGUUAUAUAUUUUUCUAAUGAAAGCAUUUAGGCUAAAAUACAUAUUUUAUCAUGUUCAUUGAGGCUCACUACCAAUGAGUCGUCACUUAAUUCAAAGCAAUAAAUAUGAUGUAACUAAUACAUAUUAAAUGUUAAGUAGAUGAAUUUUAGAGGAGCAUGCUAGUAGAAAAUACUACAUUUCCAAUGGGUUGGAAAAAGUUCCUUCGAAAAUAGGUAGAUUUUCCCCAACCCUACAAUUGUUUGUUCUAAUUCCUGGAGAAUAGAAUGCAGAUAAUGGUAUAGUGGAGGUUGUGCAAUUUUGGAGUCAGAUCUGUAUUUGAACUUCACAGCCAUUCUUUCUACCUAGUGACCUUGGCUCACUUAAGAUGAGCCCUAGUUUUCUAUUCAAUGAGGAUAAUUCUGCUUGCAUCAUUGGGAUAUAGGAUAAAAUGACAUAAUAUUAUCUAGAGUGAAUGAUAGAAAAAAAAAGAAUGAAGAACAUUGAACAAAAUACAUCAAAUCACGUAUAGGACACUUCCGCAUUGCAACUUGCUUUGUAAGGGAGCACCAGGGAAAAAAGAGAGAAAGGAACAGAACAAAUUUGAAUAAACAUUCCAAACUUGAUAAGAAACAUUAUUGUGCACAUUCAGGAAUCUGAACAAACCACAAAUAAAAUAAACAAAAAGAAAUCCACAGACUUCUUUUUAGCAUCAUAAAAUUGCUAAAACCCAAAGACAAGGAGAAACUCUUGGAAGUAACUUGAGAAAAAUAAGCUGCACUAAUGAGUGUACCUCAAUGAGAUUUUGCUCAUUGAACUGACUUUUCAUCAGUCAUAAUGGAGGUGGCAAUGGAAUAACAUUAAAGGUACUCUGGGAAAUGGAAAAUCACAAACAGAAAAACCCAUAUCCAAUAAAGCUCUCUUUCAAAAAUAAAUAGGGAAAAAAGACAUUUACACCAAAUAAAUAACUGUGAGAAUAUUUUGGUGGCAAACUUGAUUCCAGGAAAUAUAAUAGGAAGUUCUUAAGGUGAAAAGUAAAUAACUUCAGAUGGCAAUUUUAAUUCACACGUUUAAAAGUAGCUUGGGUAAAGGUAAUUAUUGUAAUUAUUAGAAAGACAUAAAUUCAUUUCCUUCUCUUAAUUGAUUUUAAAAGAAAUUUUAUAAAACAUUACAUGGGGUUGUAUUGCUGGAGUUGUAAUUUACAAAACUAAUAUAUUUGCCAAUAGCAAGACAUCAAAGGUGGGAGGAGCAAUUGUUAUUGAACCCAAAUGUCUGCAGAUGGUCACUUGAAUCCACAGGAACAUAUUAAGAAAAUUAAAAAUGUUAAAUAAGAAGGUUAAUUUGUGAGGGGUGGGUUUUGCCUACCCAGCAGUGCUCAUGCCUUACUCCUGUCUCUGUAUUUAGGCAUCCUGGUUGAGCUAGUAGGGAGCAGGACAUAUAUGGUGCUGGGAAUCAAAAUAGGGGCAGCCAUGUAAACAUCCUAACCCCUGUACUAUCCAGCCCUCCAAAUACUAAGAUUUUGUAUUUGGGUCACACCAGGCAAUGCACAGGGGUUACUUCUGGCUCUGCACUCAGGAAUUACCCCUGGCGGUACUCAGGGGACCAUAUGGGAUGCUGGGAAUUGAACCCGGGUUGGCCGUGUGCAAGACAAACGCCCUACCUGCUGUACUAUCGCUUCAGCCCCGAAAUACUAAGAUUUUUUAAGCUAUAGAUACAUACUUCCUCUCAUCUGCUUUUUUAAAGAACAUAGCUAUAGUAAGUAAUAAUUAUAACAAUGUGAUUGGGAGUUAAUAACAUGUAGAAUAAUAUGCAGAAAAUGUUCCAAAAAUGAGAAAAGGGACUUAUAAAGAAACAAAGUUUCUAUAUCUCAUUGGAAUCAAGUUAGUAUAAAUAGAAAGAAAAUUCAGUAACUACUAAAUACAUAAUUUAAAAUGUAUAAUAAAAACUAAUUUGGACAUUUUAAAUGUUUUAUAAGAAAAUAUUUAAUGCAAAAAAUGGCAAAAAACUCAAAAGCCCAUAUAUUUUAAUAUUAUGAAUAAAUAGUUCAGACUGAAAAAAAAACUAGGUUGACCUCUAAGAUAUCUAUGGAGUCAGACCAAACAUAUAGAUUCAAGGUAAAAGGCUAAGAAGAAAAAUGUAAAUCAUCAUUAAAUUAGCUUGCUUGGCUAUUCUAAUAUCACACAGAGUAGACUUUAUCAUAAGGGAUAAAGAAAGACAUCUUCUGGUAAGUCAAUUUACCAUAAAGAUACAACACUUGCAAUCAUGUCUAUACGUAAAAAGAGAGCACCAAAAUAUAUGAGUCAAAAAUUGAAUUCAGUUAAGUAUACAAUGAGGUAGAAUUCAGCACCUCAUUUUUAUUAAAUAGAACUACACAAGAUAAGCAAGGAAAUAGAACAACACUAUAAAUUCACUAGACCUUAAAGAGAUUUAUAAAGUACUUUUCCCAUCAAGAACAGAAUAAACAUUUUCCAUGUGAACUGAAAACCUAAAUAAGUUAUCUGACCACAUGAAAUCAACAGUUUGAGAAAUGAGCAAAUACAAAUUAGAAACAUUUUAAGAUAAAAAAGAAGAAAUCACACAAAAAUUAGAAAAUUAUGUGAUAAAUAGAUUAAUACAAACAUAGCAAAACUUACAGAUGCAGCUCAAAAAUGCUUAGAAUUUAUUAGUAUAACUUUCUAUUUUUUAAAAAGGAUAAAAUCAACAUAUCAAUAAUCAGUAUGCAAAACUAAUGUAUUGUUAUGUUACAUAUAUAUAAUGUUUACUAAACUAACAUGGGGCAUUUUUUAAAGAAUACAGAAUGUCUAUGAAACCAAAAGUUGGUUCUAUAAAAAGAUAAUAAAAGUGGCAUGCUUUUUACUGGAUUGUCCAGGACAAAAAAAUAACAAAGGGCUUGAAUCAGAAAUGAAGGAAGGACAUUUCUGCUGAGUUCCUAAGAGACAAAAGAUUAGGAAGGAAUACUGAACUGAUACUUGAUAAUAAAGUAGACAACCUAAGCAAAGUAAACAGAUAUUUAUGACUUCAUGAUUACUUAAGCCAAUAGAAAAAAUGAGAGAAAAAUUGAAAAUACCUAUAAUAAGUAGAGCUUAAAGUAACAGUUUGGGGAAAAUGGAAAGAUAGUGCAACAGGUAAAGCACUUGUCUUAUACAUGACUGAACCGUAGUUUUAUCCCACCACAUAUGGUCCUCCAAGCCCUGAGCACUGGUGGGCACGCACCCUCCCAAAUAAUAAUUAUAAGAUAUUUUGUAAAUACAGCUUUUCAGGUGGAUUCUAGCAAACAUUUAAGAAGAUUUAAUACAAAUUCUUCCCAAAAAAUAGAAAAGGAAGAAAUAAUUCUGAUAUAUGCUAUAACUUGGGAGAACCCUAAAAGCAUGGUAACUGUUAGAUUCAUUCAUAGAAUUUACUGUGAUUCCAUGAACUUGGUGUCCAGAUCUGGCAAAUAUAUACCAACAAAGUGAGUUAAUGGUUGCUUAUGGAUGGGGUGAUAGCUAAAGUCUAUGAUGUUUUGUUAGAAGUUGCAGAUUUCUAAAAUUGAUUGUGGUAAUGAUUGUACAGCUAAAUAUAGUACACAGUAAGGAAUUAGACACUCUAGAUAGAUGUAUUAUGUGGUACAUGAGUUAUAUCCCCCUUAAAUUUACCAAAAACUGGGUGCAUCUCAACUGUCCUCCACAAAAAAUGGGUAAAUCAGUUAUGGCACACCCAUUUAGUGGAAUACUAUGCAGCUGAUAAAAUAAUGGAGCUUAUUUAUAAAUACAUUCUGACCUGUAUGGUUUCCAGAAUUUUGUAUUUAAAGCAAAAAUAAUAUAUAUUGUUAAUACAUUUUGUAACCAAAACUAUUUCUCUAUGUAUGUAUAUAUAGGUGUUUCUGAAAGAAUUUAGGAAAACAUCUGGAAAAUAUGCCUAGCAAAUUGUAAACCUUCUGGAAUUAGAAUCAGUUAGAGUGAAAGGGACUUUUGCUUUAUAACAUUUUUAAGUGGUGUAAUUUUUACUUUUUCAGAUUUUUUUAAAAAAUAAUCUACCAAUGGCUUAGCAUCCAUGAUAUUUGUAAGGUCUGCUCUGAGGAUGUCAUCUAACUAUACUCAGGACAAACUCUGAUUCCUUUUGUAUACUACUUAGAAUUAACUUUCCUAUUUUAGAUAUAGUUUAAAGGACAAGAUAUCCUGAUGUAACCUCUUGCACAUGUUACCCAGGGACACACUUCUGAGCUAUACUUUUCAGAAGGAAUGUCUUUCUAUUGGGUGAGAAAUCUCACCUGUGUUCUUUACUAGAUCUAUAUACCACUAUCAAUAGAGGAAAAUAAAAUUUAGGAUGUCCCUCUACUGGUGCACGGAUAAAUAAACUGGUAUAUCCAUACAAUGGAAUCUCCUUAGCAAUAAAAAGCUAUGAUGAAUACAUACAACUUUGAUCACUCUCAUAUGCAUUUUUCUAAUUAAAAGAAGCCAAACACAAAAGACUGUUUACUGUUUAAGUCUGCUUAGGCAGUAUUCUAGAAAAGGCAAAACUAAGAAGACAACAUAUUAAUGGAUGUUAGGAGUUAAAAAUGUGACACUGAUUACAAAGUGGUAGCACAAGGGAUUUGUUUUAGUAAUGGAAAUUUUCUGUACAUUAUAAUUAUAGUUACAUGAAUGUGUGCAUUUGCCACAACUCCUAGAAACGUAUACCAAAAUGGAUGAUUUUUGUUGUAUGUAUUUUUUUUAAUAAAUGUAAUUUUAAUGGCAGAUGCUAAAAGAUUCUCAGUCAUUUCAAUAAAGAAUUGUUCCUUUUC